AUGGCGAUGCGCCUCAGAGGACUCGUGCUCUUGGCUGUUGCAGCAGCCCUUGGGCUUUGGAACAGCACCAGCUUUGUGGGUGCCAGGCUUCCAGGCCGCACUUCUUCCAUCGCUCUGGAAGCAGAGGCAGCUCCUAAGAAGAAGGAGAAGGCACCUUGGGUCGGACCCAAGAAGGGCUCUUGGGUGAAGAUCCUCCGGCCCGAGUCAUACUGGUACCAGACCAGGGGGCAAGUGGUGAAUGUCAACCAGAAGCCAGAAGUGAAGUACCCAGUCACCGUGAAGUUCGACCGAGUGAACUUCUCCAACGUGAACACCAACGGCUUUGCCCUUUGGGAGGUGAUUGAGGCUCCUGCCCCUGGUCCGGGUGAAGUCUGA